GUCGGGCUCAUCGUUUUGGUCUGCGCGCAGCAGCAGGGUAUCCACAACCAGCGGAAGCAGCCGCAUCUGCGUUGGGCCGCGGUCUUCUGCUGCUGAAAGCUGCGACAAGGAGGUUGUAGCAGAUCUUUCAUUACCCGAACAGUGGGAGACAAGGCUGGCAAAUACCAUGACUCUUCGCACUGUGCAGAACACAAUGAAGCACGCCCACCAGCUCUUGCAGCUUCUAACGCACAGAUAUGGCUCUUGCAGCCCCGUCCACAUUUCCUGCUGGGAGGGCUCACUGGAGAAAGUGGCGGCUUCUACUAGCCGGUCCAAAGCGACCGUGGCAAAGCUCCAUUUGCGUCAGCGCGAGCUGACCCCGCUCCACAUCGCUGCUCUCUGUGGUCAUGCCGAUGUUGUGGACUUCCUUCUGGAUCUUGAUGCAGAUCCAAACCUUGCAGGUGUUUACAACUACCGCGCGUUGCACAUUGCCGCAUCUUCCAGCCCUGCGAUUGUGCAGCUUCUGUUGGAUGCAGCUGCAAGCCCCGCAGCCCUGACAGAUGAGGCGGACACCCCGCUUCACUUGGCUUGCGGCUACCAACAGCUGCCGACCAUAGAGCUGCUUCUGGAGGCCACUGCUGACCCAUCAGCUUCCAACAAUUUCGGAGUCACGCCUCUUCACAGUGCAGCAGCAACAGCUGCGCUGGAAGAGUGCGACGUCUGCGAGGCAAGAGCAGUUCUUUUGCUGUGCAGCAGCGGGGCGGACAUCAAUGCGCGCGAUCGGCAGGGCAAGACCCCUGCAGCCGUAGCUCGCAUGGCUGGGGGUGCGCACAGCCUCGUGACCUUCCUGCAGGCUGAGGCUGGAUCGGCGCAACUUGGCUUCCUACUUCCCGGCUCCCCAUCGCAUUCUUCUCAUUCAUCAAGCCAUGAGGCCGCCGCUAUGCGCGUCAAGCGCUGGGCGAGUGAACUGCUGACCAAGGGUGGGCAGAACCGUGACGAGCAGCACAACGAGGAGCAAAGGUCUUCGCAUGCCAAAGAGCUCGAAACGGAGAAUGCCCAGCUGAAGCGGCAAGUGCAGCAGCUGCAGCGUGAUCUGGAAAAUGCCCGGAUGAAUGUGCAGCUGUUGAGAGACUCUCUGGAUCUCCAAGCUUCGAAAGCUUCUCAUCCGAAGGAUGACCGGCUGAGUGACAUGGAGCAGCGCCUAAAACAGGCGUGUGCGCGCUUCCAAGCUUUUGAGCAGGAACGUCAGAGCUGGGAGCAGGAGCGACAAGCUCUGAAGAGACGGAUCGAAGGGCAGGUUGAAAAGUCGGAUGGCGUGUUCGACUUGCAGUCGUUGGGCAGGUUCAACGGCGUGACAGGACCCAUUUUCAUGGGCGUGUGCGGCAAAGUUGUGAACGUCUCCAGCAGUGAGAACAUCACUGUUGGUGAAGGCUAUGGAAGAUUAUGGGCCGGCAAGGAUGCCACCUUCGCCUUGGCUACGCUCUCCCUGAAGCCAGAAGACGCGAAUGUGCUUGACUUCACCUUGGCUCAGUUCACUGAAGACCAGCGCAAAGCUUUAGCUGGCUGGUACAAGCACUUCACUGUAAGAUAUCCUGUCGUUGGCCGUCUGCGCGAGUACGAUGGUUGGGAUUUCGCAGAAAUCGAAAAGCAGGCCGAGAAGGAGACACCGUUUGGUCUGGGAAAGGAGGAGAAAGCUGCUGCAGUCAGCGGUGCCGAUGAACCGGUGUUGCUUAGACCUGGCGAGAAGGUGAAGCUGCAGGGCUUGGCGGAUGACAAGCUAGAUGGCCAAAUUGGCGUGCUCAGAAAGCUGGAUGCUGCCACAGGGAAAUUCGAGGUGGUUCUGGUGGACGAGGACUCAUCUGUGUUGGUCAAGCCCAGCCAGAUCGCCAAAGUGUGCUGCGAGUUUGUGCAUCUUUGUGCAAUGUCGCUGGCAUGGACAAUAAAUGCCAUAGAAGCCGCCACUCUGGCAGUUCUGCUCUUACUUGCCUGCUGCUCCCGUCGACUGACGUGCAUCUUGUGUCUUCUUGGGGCGAUUUUGCUGGGUGGCUUUGAAGCUCUGAGGGGAUCGAACCUGCACUUGAGCCAGCUUACUUAUGAUUCAACCAAAGUUGUUGGCCGCUCUUCCAUGCGAGCGGCCGUGUACACAGUUGGAGAAGAUUUGGGUUGGCGGAUGGCGGACAUCCCGAUUCCACAUCACUCCUCGUUUUCUGCCCUGAUCCAGGUGAAGGCUGUUGCGCUCAACCCUUCAAACUUCAAGCAUCCGAUGAUUACGGCUACUUGGCCUUUCGUGAGGCAUUUACGAGAAGACUGGCCUGUUGGCUACGAUGUGUCUGGUGUGGUUUUGUCGGUUGGAGCGUCGAGCGGCUGCAGCGUGCAAGUAGGCGACAAGGUUUGGGGAAUAUCUAUUGGCGUGGCAGGUGAGUUCGCCGUGCUGCCCUGCUUUCUGACUGUGCCCAUUCCUGGAAAGCUCAGCUUCGAGGAAGCUGCAGGUCUGGGAGUAGCUGGGCUCACCACCCUCAUGGGCUACGAGCGAGCAGGACUUGGCCCCGAUCAGCACGUGCUUGUAGUGGGAGCAUCAGGUGGCUGUGGCCAGUUCGGAGUCAUGUUGGCAGGUGCCAUGGGCGCCAGGGUCAGCGGAAUCUGCGGGGCGCACAAUGUGGACUUCGUCAAGCAGUUGCACACGGGCGUGGAUGCCGUGGUCGAUUACAAGCACCCUUUCCAGAUGGCCAGCCUGAUUUCCAAAGGUAAGCAUUUUGAUGUAAUAUAUGACACAGUCACCAGCAGUGCUCCAGAAGAUCCCAACUAUGAGCCCAUCUUGGGACAACUGCGCAAAACCAAUGGAACUUACCUAGCCAUUGGACCAUGUCCCAAACCAAUGGACCAAUUUCGCGCCUUCUUGGACGGCUUUACGCGGCCUUUCGGACUUAAUCUGCAACGGGAAGGUUAUGACUGGUUUUUUCUAUUGCCAACCAAGAGCAGAAUGCUGAAGUUAAACAGCUUCUUUGAUUCAGGCAAACUGACAGCAGUGCCUGUUGACUCCAAGUACGAUGCCCUGGCUUCUGAUGAUGCGAUAGUGCAGGCAAUGGACAGGCAAAAAAGCAGGAGGGCUGUGGGCAAGAUUCUGCUCACAUUUGGAAGUUGA